UAAAUUCUAUGUUCAUGGCGACUUUAAAUGUAAGAAUAACAGCUAAGAAACGUUUUAGACUUUAACUGGAUGCUUAACUUAAAUUGCCAACUUUUAGGUCAUCUUAAUCUAGCGUCUAAAGACCAGUCAUGCCAUUCCUUAAAUGUUCCAUGCUGCAAGAAAUAUUUUUAUUCAGACUUUUAUUCAUACUCUAACAAAAUAUUUUAAAUGUGUUAACUUAUUUCACAGUUUAAAUAGCUUUUUGUAACAGUUGUACCAAUUUAACCUCCCUUUUCAUUUGUUCAGAACGCCUAGUCAUAUCUGUGAAAACAUGUAAUUUAGCAUCCUUUUAUUUUGCCCUCUGACUGAACCAAGCAUAUAAAGACAAUAACUAAAAAUAUCAGCAGUGGAAUUACUUUUACUAUUGUCUUCAUCUGCUCCAACUUCUUCUUUUGAGAUAUACUGUUUUUGUGAAAACUAGUCAUCUGGUAUAAACCUUGUAUAUUGUUUUUCUCUUCUUUUUAAACUUUCCCAGUUUCUGAGCAAGACUUGGCCGAUCCUUCUUGUUUUCUACUCUGAGAUUUGCAACUAAUUCAUCUGAAUUAAUCUGUUUUCUGAAAAACCUGUUUCUCCAACACAACCGAUCAUCUUGUGUGACCUCAAUUUUCUCUGUCUGUUUAUUUAUAUGCUCCAGUAUUCACAACCAAAGUUCUUGUUUAAACAAAAAUAAAGAUAUAUGGAGAUCAAAUCUUGAAUUGUGAGCUUAGAGAUGGGACAAAGUUAUUCUAUAAUGAAGAAAGUUAACUUCAGCAUCAUUUUGUCACCCUCUAUUGGGCGUGUUUAGAAGCUGUUACACAGCUGUUGAAUACUGACCUGCUCUGUUUCAAAUAUGGGCAAGGUAAAAAUGGCAAGCUGAACUAAAAAAAGAACUGACACCAACUGGGUUGGACCAAACACCCUCUUCUCUUGACCGUGUGACUCAGCGUCUGACCGUGUUUUUCUUUGUUGCGCAAACCUUUACCAAAGCUGUGGUUUGAUUGAGUUUAGGUGCAGUUUAAAAUUGUUUCCCCAAGGCUAGUGUCAUGGACAACUUGGAGAAGCAGCUGAUAUGUCCCAUAUGCUUGGAAAUGUUUACAAAGCCUGUGGUCAUCCUACCCUGCCAGCAUAACCUGUGCAGAAAAUGUGCCAAUGAUGUUUUUCAGGCUGCAAACCCAUAUCUCCCAACCAGAAGUGGCUCGCUGACGUCUGGAGGCCGUUUCCGAUGCCCGUCCUGCAGACACGAGGUGGUUCUGGACAGGCAUGGUGUGUACGGCCUGCAGAGAAACCUGCUGGUUGAGAAUAUUAUUGAUAUGUUCAAGCAGGAGUCAAGCAGCAGCACCAGGCCAGCACAGGAGAGGAAGGAAGAAACGCCCAUGUGCGACGUUCACGAGGACGAAAAGAUCAACAUUUACUGUGUAACCCACGGCGUGCCCACGUGUUCGAUGUGUAAGGUGUUCGGAGCCCACAAGGACUGCGAGGUGGCGCCCCUCGGCACUGUCUACGAGACAAAGAGGUCCGAGCUGAGUGACGGGAUAGCCAUGAUGGUUGGGAACAACGACAGGAUCCAAGGCAUCAUUAGUCAGCUCGAUGAAGCCUGCCGUGUCAUAGAGGAGAACGGUCGGAGGCAGAAGACGAAGGUGUGCGAGAAGUUUGACCACCUCUACUCCGUGCUGGAGGAGAAGAAGAGGCAGAUGAGUCAGAAAGUGACGGCCGAGCAGGAAGAGAAGGUGAACUACAUCCAGGGCCUCACAAAGAAGUACGGAGACCAUCUUGAGGAGAGCUGCAAGGUCGUGGAGAGGGGGAUUCAGACCAUGGAGGAGACAGAAAUGGCUCUUUUCCUUCAGAAUGUAAGGGAUCUCCUUAAAAAAAUCGAAGACGCUUCCAGCACAGCGCACUUGGACAAGGUUGAGCGCGGCUACGAGAAAAUGGAUCACUACAAAGUCGACUUCAGAAGAGAACGCAAGGCUCUCGACAGCCUCGACUUCAUCCGAGGUGAAGGGAUGUAGAUUAUUUACGAGACGAUGACGACGAGAAUGAAGACGAAGGAGACGGAGAGGCGGGAGAGGGUGCGCGGACUGUUUCUGGAGGGGCUGCGGUUUCAG